AUGUUGGCCAUCUUUGACACUAAAUUAGUGAAAAACUCAGGCAAAGAGUACAAUUUCCUUGCUGCAGAAGCACUGGAGUCAGCAUCUUCAGAAGCUGAAAGCUCUGCUUUAGUAGACUCUUCUUCCUCUUCAAAAGUUAGGGCUUUUUUUAUUUCAACUCCUAAGGCAUCAAAACAGACAAUUAAUGUUCCUUCAACUGGAAGAAUGAGUCCCUCUAAUAUUUCUAGAGAAAGUUCAGAUGCAUUGCCCUCCUCACAUGAGAGUAACUUCUUCUUUAUUGAAGCUUAUCUGCCAAUGCCUCCACCUGUUGCUAGUUCUAGCAACAAGCAUAUGCAAGAUACUGAAAGAGCAAUUGAGGCAUCUGCUUUCAAACAUCUUUAUGGGAAUUCCUCCUCUCAUUCUUUAAUUGCCAAGAAUGAUAAGGCUUCAAAACCAAGUAUUGGCCACUCUUGCAAAGUUAUGGAAGGGGUGGCUAAGGAAGUUUGCAAAUGUAGCAGUCUGAGAGAGUCUAUUUCCAAAGUCUCUGAUCAAGACUUUGGGGCUUUUGUUGGAUGUAAAAGUGUCUAUUUCAAAUGGGAAUUGGCCAGCAAGAUUGGCUAUUUUAGCCAAUGUGCAAUGCCAGAGUCUCUCAUCACCAAAUUCUGGGGUCUCCUUCACAAGCUUCACUGA